AUGGAAAUGGGUGAUGAUGAAGGGGCAAUAUGGAGUUAUAGUUUAGGAUCAAUGAAAUCUUCUAAAAAAAUGUCUAAACAAGAAGCCAUGACCAAACAUGCCAUUUCUGAGAAAAUCAGAAGGAUUCGACUUAAACAACGUUUCAAAGAUAUCCUACGUCUCUUUCCCAAUAUCCACAAACGAGACAAAGCUUCCAUCCUAAAGGAGGCAGUGUGUCGACUCAACGCACUCAAGAACACAACUGCCAAUAUUCUCGACAACGUAGGAUCCUCCAAAUCUACAUUUCUUCAAUUUCUUCCAAACGAGGAGAAUGAAGCGAUUGUGGUUACCGGCAAAUCGUCUGGACACGACAUUAUGGCUAAAGUGACUAUUUCGUGUAAUCAAAGACCGUCGUUGAAUAGGGAACUGACCCAGGCAAUCAAGGUGGCUGGCGGGAAGCAAGUCGGGGUGGAAAUGGCCACGGUUGGUGGUCGAACCAAGGUUGUGGCUUUGGUUAAGUGGAUGGAUAGUGGUGGUAAUAACCUCAAUCAUCAAAUUAUGUCGCUAAAACGGGCCGUGAGAGUCUUAUCAUUUAAUUUAUUGAUCGAAGAACAAUUCUAUGGUAGAUGA